AGGGGCGGACGCCAGUAGAGGACGUAAGAGCAGAGUGGACAUAGGAGAUAGGCGAGCCGUGCAGUCACGCCCUGUCCCUAGGAGCUUACAAUCGACUCUAGAGCCACACAUGGGUUAAUCAGACACACCGCCCUCUCUGAUCUAAUUCUCUGCCUCUUGGUUUUUGUUCGGCCAAUCACAGGGCGCACAUCCCCAUACAGGAAGUAGAAUGUGACCAUGUGAAGCCUUCAAGGGUGAGCUGGUGCCAGUGAUCAUGCAGGCCGCCAUGGAGGUGACAGCCAAGUACUGCCGUAAUGAACUGGAUGAAUAUGGACAGUGUGUGACAAACAAGCCGGGGACAUGGCAUCACGAUUGUUAUGCGCUAAAGGUCAAGGUGGCUCUGUGUACAUCAUCGCAUCCCAUCAUACAGAAGAUCCGUUCUCAAUGUGUAGAACCCUUUACAGCCUUUGAACAGUGUCUAAAACUAAACCCAACAGCGGUGGAAAAGUGCUCCCCACAUGUCGCUGACUUCUUGAAAUGUGCCGAGAGUGUCAAGGUGACAGAAUAAGCUUGGAAGAGAACUAUGACCGGAUACACAGACUGUUGACUGCUGUCGAGAGAACAAUCCAGACACUGAACAUGAAGAAUCAUUAGUAUUAUGGAAGGCAGUCAUUGCAAAGAUCUGUCAUAGUGUUCACAUUCACUUCAAUGGUGCCUAUGUUUUUGGAAUUAUGGAUCAGGAAUGGAAAAAAUGUACAGAUUGGUCUUGCGGUAUUAAAAAGAUGGUGCUCCCUUUUUAACAAAAAAUGAUACAAUCUAGAUAAAUUAUUUACAGACUGAACAGCUGUUUAUUUAAAGAAAAAACUGUAA